AUGCAUUUCUGGAUUGAUAAACGUAGCCAGUGUGCUUACAGCGGCCGCCACCGCGUACCGUCCUCCUUGUCAGCUGGCGUGGGGCGGUCGCGUGGGCGCGUGUGUGCGGCGGCGGGCCGCAAGGGCAUGGCGGCGCCCGUGCACCGCUUCGCGCCCGUCGACUGCGCGCCGCGUCGCCCUCGCCCGCUUAGACACUAUGGGCCUCCACCAAUGCCAGCAGUACAUUCGACUAGGCGUCAAAAUGAAGAAUCUAGUCUAUACGUGGAAAUACCUCCAGAACCGCCUCAGCCGACUAUCGCAAGUUUGGCCGCCGCGCGAAGUGUCACCCCGGACACGCUACUACGAACAGCAGCCCUGGGACUCCACCACUCGCCCAUGAUGGCACCACAUUUGAAGUUCGGCAUGCUAGUUUCGUUCGCGCUGGCGACUGUAUUCCUUGCAGGAGCCAAAUAUUAUUUCGAUAGACCGUUAAUGCGCGGGCCGGGCGGCUCGGAUAGCAGCGGCGAGGCGGGCGUCGUGUGCGCCGCCGUGGCCUGCAUGUGCGGCGUGGGCUGCGCGCUGUCGCUGUGCCGCGCGCGCGCCGCGCCGCCGCCGCUGCCGCCCGAGCGCGUGUCCUCCACCGCGCGCCGCCACCCGCGCACGCCCACGCGCGAGGCUAACCCGACGGAGCCCGAGGACAUAUCGCUGACCAUUCUACCGACGCGGCCGGAGCGGCCGGCGGAGGAGGGCGGGCGGGCGGGGGCGGGCGGCGCGGGCGAGGCUCCCCCGCCCUACCACAUCGCCGUGCUGCUGCCCACGCGCGACGCGCCGCCGCCCGCCUACUCCGCGCUCAGCUAG